CUAAUUCCUUGUUUUUACCAUAACCAUGGAAUCCACUCCCCAAACUAAUCAACUCAUCCUUGCCUCUUCUUCCUCUUCACUUCCGCGCAAGAAUUAUGAUGUCUUUUUGAGCUUUAGAGGUGAAGACACACGAAAAUCCUUUACGGAUCAUCUCUUUGCCGCACUGUGCCGGGCUGGAGUUCACACUUUCAGAGAUGCAGAAGAGCUCCGCAAAGGAGAGGACAUCUCCACUGACCUCUUUACAGCUAUUCAAGAAUCGAUGGUUUCUAUCAUCGUGUUCUCCAAAACUUAUGCUUCCUCUCGCUGGUGUCUUGAGGAGGUUGUGAAGAUAGUGGAAUGUAAAGAAAAGGCAAAGCAGGUGGUUCUUCCAGUGUUCUAUCAUGUGGAUCCUUCUGAGGUUCGCAAUCAAACGGGUGAGUUUGGUGUUGCAUUGGCUCUACAUCAACAACGAUUCGGGACAGAAAAAGUUAGCCAAUGGAAAACAACAUUAACUAAGGUUGCAAAUUUUUCUGGAUGGGACUUACGCAACAUUGCUGACGGGUAUGAAUCAACAUUUAUUGACAAUAUUGUAGAAAAUGUUCUGCAAGUAGUGAACCCUACAUACUUUGAUGUUUCAAAAUAUCUAGUUGGAAUUCAUGCUCGUGUUAAAGAUAUACUUUCUUUAUUAAAAAGUGAAGCAGAUGGUGAUGUUCGUAUGAUUGGGAUUUAUGGCAUGGGCGGGGUGGGAAAAACAACCCUAGCAAAAGCUGUAUUUAACCAAAUUUAUAGAUCAUUUGAUGGUAGUUGCUUUCUUGGAGAUGUUAGACAAGAAUGUGUAGAUAGAGGGCGUGUAGGAUUACAACAUUUACAAGAGAAGCUUCUUUGUGAAACUCUCAAUGGAAAGAUAUUGAAAGUUAAUCAUGUUGAUCAAGGAAUUAGUUUGAUCAAAGGAAGACUUGGACUGAAAAAGGUUCUCAUUGUUGUUGAUGAUGUAGAGGAUAAGAGUCAAUUAGACGCAUUGGUCGGAGAACGAGAUUGGUUUGGUUCAGGUAGUAGACUUAUUAUCACAACUAGAAAUGUUGAUUUGUUAAAUGGCCUUAGAAGAGAUUGUGAGAAGUAUAAUGUUGAAGUCUUAAGUUGCGAGGAAUCUUUGCAACUCUUUAGUUGGCAUGCUUUUAAGAAGCCAAGUUCUGAGGAGGCUUUUAUGGAACUAUCAAACAUGAUAGUAAGUUAUGUUGGUGGACUCCCUUUGGCACUUACCACUCUAGGCUCACAUUUUGGGGCAAGAUCAUCAAUUCAAGAAUGGAUAGAUGACUUUGAGAAGUUAAAAAGGAUUCCUCAUGGACCUUAUAGAAAUAUUUUGGAGACUCUCAAAAUUAGUUAUGAUGCACUUGAUGAUGAUACUCAAAGAAUCUUCCUUGACAUUGCUUGUUUUUUCACCUAUUCAGAUUUCUCAGAAGGAGAUUUCACCCAUGAGAAAGGAUAUAUUAUUGAGAUAUUGAAUGGUUGUGGUUUCUAUGCUCAAAGUGGAAUUCGAACUUUAAUUGGUAGAUGCUUGUUAGAAAAAAGUCUUAGUAUGCAUGAUUUAGUUCGAGAUAUGGGAAGAGAAAUUGUUCGCAAGGAAUCUCCUAUGCAGCCUGAAAAAAGAAGUAGAUUAUUUUUGGCUGAUGAAGUUUCGGAUGUUCUCACAAACAACAAGGGCACAGACGCAAUUGAAACAAUGAUCAUAAAAUUGUCAAACGAAGUGCCUUUGAGUUCCAAGGUAUUCUCAAAAAUGACUAAGUUAAGAGCACUCAAAAUCUUAGACGUGAAUGUCAAGGGAUCUUUGAAAUACUUGUCCAAGGAGCUUAGAUUUCUUUAUUGGCAUGGUUGCCUGUUGAGUCGCAUAUCAUCCGAUCUUUGCUUGGAAAAACUGGUUAUCUUAAAAAUACAAGAGAGCAAUAUUAAAGAAUUUCAACCCAAAUUGCAGAAUUUUAGGUGCUUGCAGAGUUUAUGGUUGGAAUCUUGCAAGAAACUUAAAAGAGCUCCAAACUUUGUUGGAGCACAUAGUCUAAAGGAGUUAUACAUUGAUGGUUGUUCAAAGUUGGUUAAAUUGCCGCAAUCAAUUGGAGAUUUAGAAAAUCUUGUUGAGUUAAAUUUGAGUAAUUGCAAGGAUCUCAAUGCGCUUCCUAGUAGCAUUUGCAACUUGAAGUCUCUUACGCAUCUUGAUCUGAAAUGGUGUUCCAAGAUAAAAGAAUUGCCGCAAUCAAUUGGAGAUUUAGAAAACCUUGUUGGGUUAUAUUUGAGUAAUUGCGAGGAUCUCAAUGGGCUUCCUGAUAGCAUUUGCAAUUUGAAGUCUCUUCAUCAGUAUCUUAAUUUGGAAAGUUGUUCCAAGAUAAAAGAAUUGCCGCAAUCAAUUGGAGAUUUAGAAAAUCUUGUUGAGUUAAAUUUGAGUAAUUGCAAGGAUCUCAAUGGGCUUCCUGAUAGCAUUUGCAACUUGAAGUCUCUUAAGCGUCUUGCUCUGAAAUGGUGUUCGAAGAUAAAAGAAUUGCCGCAAUCAAUUGGAGAUUUAGAAAACCUUGUUGAGUUAAAUUUGAGUAAUUGCGAGGAUCUCAAUGGGCUUCCUGAUAGCAUUUGCAACUUGAAGUCUCUUAAGGAUUUUGUUCUGCGUGGGUGUUUAAAGAUAAAAGAAUUGCCCCAAUCAAUUGGAGAUUUAGAAAAUCUUGUCAAGUUAAAUUUGAGUAAUUGCAAGGAUCUCAAUGCGCUUCCUAGUAGCAUUUGCAACUUGAAGUCUCUUACGCAUCUUAUUUUGGGAAAUUGUUUGAAGAUAAAAGAAUUGCCUAUUGACUUGGGAAAAUUGAAGUUGCUAAAUUUCCUUGAUGCAAGUAUGACGUCCGUGACACAUCUACCCACUUCUUGUGGAUCUUUGAGACAUCUCAAGUGUCUGAUACUAGGGCCGCACCAUUUCGCUGUUGGUGGGCAUUAUAAUGAGAGAUGUAUUGGGCAUUUGGAAUUUCCAAACACUAAUUUAUUAUGUUCCUUGGAAAUGCUAAGUGCUCCUUACCAGUACAUGCAACAUUUAGAUCUUAAAAUUGGUGAUGAGAGAUUAUCCUUAUUGACAUGGUUAGAUCUAAGCUAUAGUGACUUUGAUACCCUGCCCUUUAACCUUUCUCAUCUUUCCAAUCUACAAGGCCUUCAUUUGGGCAACUGUCCCAACCUUUCGGUGAUUAAAGACAAUGAUCUUCCACUUAGCCUAUAUAGUUUCUCAGUACAUAAUUGUCCCUUGUUGAAAAGUAUACAAGAUGUAUCUGGGUUAUUAAGGCUAGAGGAAUUGUAUCUUGGCGGGUGUAGUAAUUUGAAUGAGGUUGUAGGCGUUGAGAAUCUGGUUAAUUUAAAAGAUAUGAACAUAAGAGGGUGUAGCGCUCUGAGCAGUAAAUAUUGGUGUGACAACUUGUUCAAGGCACUUUUUAAAAGGCCAACCCUUACUGGAUGGGUUAGAAUGCGUGUUUCAAAAGAUAUGGUUCCACAAUACUGGCGGAGGAGCAAGCAAGUAGAUGGAGUUGGAGUUGAAGGACGUUCAUCGAAGAAUAAAUGGAUAUUUAUCGUUGUGAUGGUUUCAUGUUUGCUUGACCCUUGGAUUUUAUACCAACAAGAGACGAAUGGAAGCCGAUAUGGAAUAGUGUAUGGUUCUAAGGAAUUGGGAUGCUGUGUCUAUGAGCUACCCAAUAAAGUGGAAGAAGGAGAGGUGUUUAUAGAGUUUUGUCCGCUUACAGUUACAGAAAAAGAUGCUGAAGAGAACUCAAGUCUUGAGACGUGUAUAGUAUAUGAAGAAGAGGGUGAGGUAUGCUUCUUUCCUAUCAACCCAAACAAGGUGCUCAAAUUCCAACCCCGUACUUUUGGCUUUGUCCCUCAACGCUGGGGAAGUGUCCCGGCCAUCCGAGACCGCAACAAUGUCGAGGUUAUUCUAACACGCCGUUAGCUCAGCUCGCUCUUCACAACCUAACCUUGAGUAACUCUUUAGGCUUUGUCCCUCAACAAUCUUUGCAAUCCAACGCCGCUUCCAAAGCUCAGCUCAGGCCGCCACUCAACUUCAG